AUGGACUCGACACCGCGACAUCCAGAUCGGUUCAAGGACGCAAUACCUUCAUCUUCACCUGCAUUUGGAACACCAGCGCGUCCAUUUCGAUUGCCAAAGGGAAAUGCGCCUUCUAAAACUUCCAUUCUACCAAUCUUACUCCCUCCGUCAACACUGCGUCCAGUGGCCUUUCGAACCUUCACCCGCAAACAUAACCUCACAAUAUCGUCCUCGGCACUUCAAACACUUGCUGUGUUUGUGGGAAAAAACUGUGGCUCGGGAUGGCGCGAGGAGGGCCUAGCAGAGCGAGUUCUCGACGAAAUAGCCAAGAUAUGGAAAAGAGCCGGCGGAGGGGUGAUUGUCGAGGAAGGAAAAGGCGCAUCUCUGAAGACGAUACUGCAGACUCUUGAGGGAAGUAUGAUUGGUGGAAGGGUCAUCGCUGGUAAGGAUGGUUCAAAGCCAUCAGCUCUUGGCAUGUAUGAUGGGCCGAUGGAAACAACCGAUUCCUCGGGGUCCUUUGCAAAACCAGGAAGAACCGAAGAAGAAGAUGCGCAAUUGUCACUUCAUCCCAGAAAUUGGCUCAAAGUAAUUAAUGCGUUUGAUCUCCCACGCUUGACGUACAAUGUCGACAAGAAGUACUUUGAGGUCGUCCAGUCCAAGCCAUCUUUGUUCCCGUCCCCAGCUCACAAGACUGCACUCUUCCGAGACCGCUACAAUCUCGUCUAUCAGCGAUUGCUACGCAAUGAGUCCUUCCAGAGCUCAUUGGGUACCGCUGGUGUACCCUCAUUGCAGCGUUCAUCGUCCAAUCUUGCACAUCGACAAUCCUAUAAAUUAACGCCAAUUGCCAAUUUGCUGGGUAGAACAGGAACCUCACAUCUACUCCUCGGGUUGCUUUCAAUCUCCCAUACCGGGGAAUUGUCCCUUGUAGACUUGACUGGAAGUGUGGCAUUGGACUUGAGUCAUGCUCGAAUGAUACCCGAAGAUGGCGCAUGGUUUGCGCCAGGUAUGAUCGUGCUUGUCGAUGGUAUCUACGAAGAGGAAGAAAUGGUCAAAGGUGCUGCGUUAGGAGGAAACACAGGCAUUGGAGGUGCAAUUGGUGGCCAAUUUGUGGGUAUAUCAAUUUGUGGACCUCCAUGUGAACGACGGGAUAUCUCAUUAGGAACAAGCAACCGCCAAGGCAGUGGACAAAUGAGCUCCAGUGGUGGCUUCGGCUGGGUCGACUUUCUCGGAUUAGGAAGUGAGCGUGCUCAAGGUGCGCGGAUGAGAAGAAUCCAGGAAAAAAGUCUACGAAAUGAUCCUGAAACCCCCGAAACAUCAAUUAGACUCAAAGUCGCAGUCAUGAGUGAGAUCAAUUUGGACAACAUGAAGACAUUGGACGCCUUGAAAAAGGUCUUCAGUAUCUACAAUGAUCUCGCUCUUCCCGAACGCCCACAAGCCUUUGUGUUGCUCGGCAACUUCGUGCAGAGAGCUGUCAUCAGCGGAGGUGGUCGAGCCGGAAGUAUUGAAUACAAGGAAUAUUUCGAUUCGUUGGCGCUCGUGCUAUCGGACUUCCCAGCAUUGCUCCAACACUCGACUUUUGUCUUUGUGCCAGGUGACAAUGAUCCAUGGGCCUCGGCCUUCUCUGCCGGUGCAGCCUCAACAGUCCCACGACAACCGAUUCCAGAUUUGUUUACCUCUCGAGUCAAACGUGCAUUUGCAACAGCGAACUCAGAGCUUGGAGCCCAUGAUACGGAACCGGCCGGCGAUGCAAUCUGGACAUCGAAUCCGGCACGCCUCUCAUGGUUUGGGCCUGUGCAUGACAUCGCUGUGUUCCGCGAUGAUAUGUCGGCAAGACUAAGACGCAGCGCUGUAAACACUACCCUCGACAACGAGGACCCAGAUGUCACAAUGCAGGAACCAUCCGGCAGUGCUGCCGGUGCUUUCGGUACCGGCGAUAGCCAAAUAGAUGACUUGGGUCAAGAAGAAGGUACCAAGGUCGCUGCGUUGUCUGGCGCAUCAAUGGCUCGCAGACUCGUUAAGACACUUUUGGAUCAAGGGACGGUUUCUCCAUUCCCUUUGCCAUUGCGGCCCAUCUUGUGGGAUCAUGCCUCCGCUUUACAAUUGUACCCAUUACCAACCGCGCUGGUGCUUGCAGAUCCUGAGGCUGCACCUUUCUGCAUAACAUAUGAAGGCUGCCAUGUCAUGAACCCUGGACGUCUGCUCCCCGAAGGUGGUGCCCCGAUGGCUAGGUGGAUUGAAUACGAUGUGCUACGCAACCGGGGAAAGAUCAGGGAAGAGCGUUGUUAA